CUGUCUCUUUGCACACCCUAAUAUGGCCUUUCAUAGUAAGAGGUCAAUAUGUUUUCACACUUGGGAAAUCUCAUUCAAUAAUUUUUGUCAAUGGACAAGUCAUAAGAAGCCCUUCCAUUUUAGGGCUCGUUGACGUCACCAAGAGGCGAUAAAUAUCUGUUGAUAUAAUUGGAUGUGAGAUUCAGUGUUGAGAUAGCAAAAUUCUGCCCCUCGUUCCUUGGCAGGGCCCUAUGAUUUAUGCAGGAGCAGAGGCAGCACGCAAUCGAGCUGUCAAGAGAGCGUCAGCUUAUUAGGCAAAUGCUGCGUGGUUUUUGAAGAGGGUCGACACUAUAAAAUCCCACUCCAGGCUCUGGAGUGGAGAAACUCGGAGACCAAGUCCACUGAGAGACUGAGGGGAAAGAGAAGAGAGAAAGAAAAAGAAAGUGGGAACAGAAAAGAGAAAGGAAGACAACCUCCAGAGAAAGCCCCGGAGACGUCCCUCUGCAGAGAGGCGGCAGCACCCGGCUCACCUGCGAAGCGCCUGGGAAGGCUCGGGAAAAUUAGUUUUGAGGAUCAUUAGGAAGACGACGCAGGGACCGUCCCUUCAGAGUCUAGAAAGAAGGGUCACUCCUGGCCGGCGAGCGCGUGAGCUUAGGUACGCGAGCCCGGCAGGCACCUCCUUCCCCGCGCCCCAGCUGUUUCAGCACCGCGGACAGCGCCCACCCUACCCACUGAAGCCAGCAAGUCUAAGCGAGUGCCCCUAACAUGCGGCUGCCGCUGCUCGUGUCCGCGGGCGUCCUGCUGGUGGCUCUCCUGCCCUGCCCGCCAUGCAGGGCGCUCCUGAGCCGCGGGCCGGUCCCGGGAGCCCGGCAGGUGCCGCAGUACCCUCAGCCCUUGGAUUUCUUCCAGCCGCCGCCGCAGUCCGAGCAGCCCCAGCAGCCGCAGGCUCGGCCGGUCCUGCUCCGCAUGGGAGAGGAGUACUUCCUCCGCUUGGGGAACCUCAACAAGAGCCCGGCCGCUCCCCUUUCGCCCGCCUCCUCGCUCCUCGCCGGCGGCAGCGGCAGCCGCCCUUCGCCGGAGCAGGCGGCCGCCAACUUUUUCCGCGUGUUGCUGCAGCAGCUGCUGCUGCCUCGGCGCUCGCUCGACAGCCCCGCGGCUCUUGCGGAGCGCGGCGCCGAGAACGCCCUCGGCGGCCACCAGGAGGCAACGGAGAGGGAGAGGCGGUCCGAGGAGCCUCCCAUCUCCCUGGAUCUCACCUUCCACCUCCUCCGGGAAGUCUUGGAAAUGGCCAGGGCCGAGCAGUUAGCGCAGCAAGCUCACAGCAACAGGAAACUCAUGGAGAUUAUUGGGAAAUGAAACGGUGCGUUUGGCCAAAAAGAUUCUGCAUUUAGCACAAAAAAUGAUUUAAAAAAUACAGUAUUCUGUACCAUAGCGCUGCUCCUACGCCAUUUGUUUAUUUUUAUAUAGCUUGAAACAUAGAGGGAGAGAGGGAGAGAGCCUAUACCCCUUACUUAGCAUGAACAAAGUGUAUUCACGUGCAGUAACAACACAAUGUUAUUCGUUUUGUCUACGUUUAGUUUCCGUUUCCAGGUGUUUUUAGUGGUGUUUUAAAGAGAAUGUAGACCUGUGAGAAAACGUUUUGUUUGAAAAAGCAGACAGAAGUCACCCAAUUGUUUUUGUUGUGGUCUGAACCAAAGAGAAUGCCAUUCUCUUGGGUGGGUAAGACUAAAUCUGUAAGCUCUUUGAAACAACUUUUUCUUGUAAACGUUUCAGUAAUAAAACAUCUUUCCAGUCCUUGGUCAGUUUGGUUGUGUAAGAGAAUGUUGAAUAUUUAUAUUUUUAAUAAAAGCUGCAAAGGUAA